AUGGCUGGCGAUCUAAAUCGCGACUUGGGCCUGGGAGAGGCAUGUUCGCGAAGGCCCAAACAUCGGCCGCCAGUCCCGUCCAAACCCAACGCUCAAUCUGCUGCUCUCCUUGGAGCGUCAUUAGCCUUCGAUGCACAAGGAAUGAACACUGUCACUACACCACAACCUGCGAACAGCACAAAGCAUCCGAGGACACUUGCCGUGAUGGAUCUGGGUACCCUGGAUAGCGAACCCAUGCAGCAGGACACUGCUCUUCGUAGCUCUACGGGGUUAGUGGGAGGCCGGAUUAAACAGUUUAAUGAAACCCAAGGGUCCACAUUAUCACAAACCGUAUCCAGUCUCCAUCCUGAACCGGUUGGUCCCCAGCAGAUCGCCGCCCAACUAGCUGUGGGGAAAUCCACGGUGAGGCCUCCACCAGCAAUACCAUCGAGGGGAAAUCGAGCGGUUAACUCAUCAGCGCGCCAAAACGAUCCCAAGCAAGGUCCCAAUCACGAAACCUCUGCUUCAAGUGUUUUAUCGCAUGUGGCGAGGAGCAAUGGCCUUCACGAUCAGCAGGAUAGCGCUGCUAAAGGGGUAUCUUCGUUUGUUACAAAUCCCCUUGGGCAUAGGGAUGUUGUCCCCAACGGGUCAGUUGGCCCGCAAAGGAAGGAGCAUACGGGCCCGUCUCUGCUUUCCAACUCACUUGGCAAGGCCGUAUUACAGAUGCCGCAGCCAGAGCUGCAAAAAAAUACUUCUCUAUCCCAAGGGAAUCAAGGUCCUCCAUUACCACCAAGGCCUAUGGUCCCUGUGAAUACAUCCAACCCAUCGCAGCAGACCGUUCCCGCGAAGAAUGUAAUUAGGAAGAACGACCCUGCCAUUGACAAUAAGCUGAAUGUUGCUCGCAUUGGAGGACCUAUGAGCAUCCGAACCGCAAUCCCAAACGCACGAGACCCAAGAUCCCAAAUGUUGCCCUCUCGAUCUUCCUCAUCCAGCUUGCGACCCCAGCAUUCAGGAUUGUCUGAAAGUUCGUUAGCUGGUGCUUUGGCGGCUUCAUCCUUAGCAUCCUCAAGAGCACCAUCCCCAUCCAAAAGGAAUACUCCACCGCCACCGCCACCGCAUCGAGGUUCCCGCUCCCGCACUCCACUGAAUCCGUUACCUCGAACGCCCAGUCCAACCAAGGGAAUGAGACAGACAUUGCGCCAAGAAACAAAAAGCGACCACGACGAAACUAAACGGCGGAGAAAGUUCCAGCGGCCGCGCAUCAUAAAAACUCAUCCCAAUAAGCAUCGGGAGGGCGAUCGAAAACGGUGGCGAGAUAGAAUCACGGAACGCGAACGGAAACGGUAUGAAGGGGUAUGGGCUGCAAACAGAGGCCUGUUGAUUGAUGAAAACUCCCCGCCUGGGAGCUCUACGACUCCACUGCGGGAUAUGGUGCUGAAUCUGGUUGUGCGGGAUAUAUGGUCCCGCAGUCGACUUCAGCCUAUCCUCCUUGGGCAAAUUUGGGAUCUUGUUUGUCACGACAACAGGAGGAUGCUCACUCGCCAGGAAUUCGUGGUGGGCAUGUGGUUAAUCGACCAGAGUUUGAAAGGAAGAAAGCUCCCCAUUAGAGUCUCCCAGAGUGUAUGGGAUAGUGUUCACAUUCCAGGUAGUUGCUAG